AUGAUACAACAUAAAAAUAUCGAUGAUUUAUCUGAAAGAUCCAUAAUAACAAAUGAUAAAAAUCAAAGUCAAAGAAAAUAUUCAUUUACUCAAUUAUCAAUUGUACGAGAAGAAGAUAAUAAUCAAACAAUGAUCAAUCAACAAUAUGAAAAUGAUAAACAAAGUGAUAUAUCUGAUUUUGAUAUUAUUGAAUUCAAUCAUAAUGAUAUCAAGGAAAUAAAUAAGGAACAUGUUUGUCAAGAAACAUCAUUAAGUGUUUUAUCAACAGCUGAUUUACUUCGUGAAAGACUUGCUUUUAUAACAGGUGGUACAUGUAAUAAAUCUCCAAUUCUAACAUUUCCAGAUAAUCCACAAAUUGAAUUAACACAAGAUAAAUAUAAAAAACUUGUUUCAUAUUUAACACAAGUACCAAGUGAAAAUGAACGUCAACUUGGUUUUGUUAUUAUUAUUGAUCGUCGAUCAGAUCGAUGGAUGGCUGUCAAAUCUAUAAUGGCUUAUAUUGAGGAUUAUUUUCCUUAUUCAAUUCAAUGUAUUUAUCUUCUUCGACCAAAUUCAUGGAUGCAACGAGCAUUAUCUCGUAUAACUAUUUUAAAUGAAAUAACUUGUUCACAUCGUUUGAUUGUUUGUCGAACAUUAGCUGAACUUCAUGAAUAUUUAGAUGCAAGUCAAUUAUCAAAAGAUUUAGGUGGUCUAAUCGAUUUUCGUCUAUUUGAAUGGAUUGAACGACGAGCAGCAAUUGAAAAAUUAACUCAAUCGAUACAUGAAUUAAGUGAAAUGUUACUUGUUUUUAUCAAACAAUGUGAUGAAAUCGAAUUUCCUAAUGCUGUUGAAUCAACACAACAAUUACUUAUACAACAUUCAACACAAAAAAAUGAACUUGAACAAGAAUUACGAAGAAUAAAAACGUGGGGUCAUUCACUCCUAUGCAUUAUUCGUCAACAGCAUAAACCAUCUUCAUCAUUUCAUAAUAAUUCAAUUGACGAGAAUAAUGAUAUUCAAAAUCUAAUAUUAUCACCCGAUCAAGCUGCACACGCUCGUGCUUGUGCUAAUGCAUUGACACAUGUUGAUAAUAGUGAAUCUGUACUUUUACAAUUUUGGACAUUACAUGAGUCACGUUUAAAUCGUUGUCUUGCUUUGCGUCGUUUUGAACAACGUUUUAAAGAACUUCAAUCGAAUUUUAUUCAAUUAUAUAAUGACAUAAUUCAAUUACCUGAUCUAAAUACAAGUUUACUUUUAUUUGAAUGUUAUCGAACUGAUAAUAGUAAUACUCGAGAAGAAAUUGAUCAAACAUUGACUCAAGUUGAUGACCUUUCACAACGUGCACAAACGAUGAUCAGUCACGCAACCCUACUAGCCAAUGAUGGCCUUGAUUUGAUUAUGGAACAACAGAAACAAAAAUCAACAGCUUAUGGUAUUGAUUCCAUUGAACCUAAAUGUCAAGAACUAGAAGAAAUGAAGAAAAAAUUGACUGAGCAAAUUGAUGAAAAACGACAUAAUCUAAAAUUAUUACGGACAUACAUUGAUAAGCUUGAAUUAAUAAAUGAUUGGUGUACACGUGGUAAAGAUAUGUUAGCAAUGCAUCCAAUUCAUUUAUCAAAUGAUAAAGCUAUUCGUUCACUUAGUGAACUUGAAUAUUUUCUUGGAGAUUUGUCAACGAUAAAUUUAGAUGAAUUACAACAUACAUUAACACCUGAACCGCUUCGUUCAAUGAUUAUUCAAGUCUUCAAUCGUGUUAAUGAUGUUCGAGAUUUAUGUGAAAAACGAUGUGAACAAUUACGUCGUUUAGCUGUACCCAUAAAUCGACCUGUACAACGUGUUCAUCCAUUACCAUUACAACAAAAUGAAUCUCUUAAUCUUAUUAGUACGACAACAUCUAUUUUACAACAACAACUUAAUGAAUAUUAUCCUUCGUCGGAUAUUGAACAUAAUCUUUCAUCAUCAUCGUCAUCAUCAUCAAAUAAUAAUAAUAAUAUUAUAUAUAGUGAAGGUACUAUGGCUCAUAAUGCAAAAAUGGAUAAAAAACAAAGACAUGUUGUUACUGAACUUUUAGCUACUGAACAAGUUUAUGUUGAAGAAUUACGUACAGGUUAUAUGCUUAAAUUUGAUGAACCAGAACGAUAUCGUUAUUUGCCUCCGGCAAUAAUACAAAAUAAAUCAAUUCUUUUUUCUAAUCUACCUGAUAUUUAUGCAUUUCAUGCAACAUCAUUUCUUCGUGAUCUUCAACAAAUCUAUGAUGAUUCAUCAUUAACACAUGCAUGCUCAAUUGGUAGUGCUAUUGCAGCAUGUUUUAUUAAACGAAAAUCAAAUUUCAAAUUAUACGAAAAAUAUGUUCUUAAUAAAUCUCAAUCAGAUCGUGUUUGGGAACAAUUUUGUUCUGGACAUUCAUUUUUUACAAAAAUUCAACAAUCACUUGGUCAUCGUCUUCCAUUAGAUUCAUAUUUAUUAAAACCAAUUCAACGAAUAGCACAAUAUCAACUUUUACUUAAAGAAAUGAUUAAAUAUACACGUGAUGAACAAGAACGUUUACAUUUACAAGAAGCUCUUCGUGUUAUGCUUAAUAUAUUAUGUAAUUUAAAUGAUGUUAUGCAUUCAACACAAAUUGUUGGUUAUUCUGACAAUUUAAAUACAUUAGGUCGAGUACGUUUACGUGGUGAAAAUUGUUUAAUAUCUAAAGAAAAACGUCGUGGAACAGUUUAUACACGAACAAAAACAAGUACAAGAGAUAUAUUUUUAUUUGAAAAAGAUAUAUUAUUAUGUAAGAAAAAAGAUGAAGGAAAUGGAAAAUCUAUUCAAUAUCAAUAUAAAGAAAUUAUUAAAAUUGUUGAUAUUGCUGUAUGUACACAUCCAAAAAAUGAUCGAAAUAAAUUUGAACUUGUACUCAAAGAUUGGUCAUAUAUUAUUCAACUUCCAAAUAUAUCUUCAAAUGGUGAAAAAGCUGAAGAAAUGAGUUUACAUUGGAUUGAUACUAUUAAAAGUUGUGUUACACAACAAGCAGAACAACGUCGAGCUGAAAUGAAACAACGAAGUGCUUCAUUAGAUCAUUCAGCGCAUGCUUAUCGUCGACAUAUGCAACAUCGUGCAACUGUUACUAUUCGAUCUCCAGAAUUUGACAAUGAUGAUGAAGAAUCUACUUUAACAACUCCAUUAAUCGAUUUAGGCAAUGCUAUUGUUAAAAGAAAUUCUAAAAUAUCAAUGAACAAUAAUAUUGCGCGUUUAUAG